UGUGGAAGAGAUUUGUUUAAACAGCUAAGGUCCAAAGUGCCAAAAAGCAUCAUCAGGGUUCUAAUCCCACCCCUCUCCACGGAGCCUCCCACCUCCCAGGAAUUCCAAAAAUUUACUUAGUACAACCAGUUGGGCAAGAGAAAAGGCUACAGAGCGGACGAUACCGGGAAGCCUAGACCAGACCUUCAGUCAUCAUGGCUUCCCACCCAAACCUCUCACACCUUCUCCCUGCCGCCCGACUGCGUCAGCUCGCCCGAGAUUGGCUGCAAGAAGACGGCCCCAGCUUUGAUUACGGUGGCUAUGCCGUGGGCAACCAUCGUGUGUGUGCUGUGCUCUUCUGUAAAUCCCCCGGAGUCUUGGCUGGCUUCCCUUUCUUUGAUGCCAUCUUUGCCGAAGUCGGCUGCUCGGUGGAAUGGCUCCAAAGCGAAGGAACCUGGGUUGAACCUGUCACCCGAGUGGCUGAAGUCCACGGUCGUGCCAAUGACCUCUUGCUGGGUGAGCGAGUGGCUCUGAACUGUCUGGGACGCUGCAGUGGUGUUGCCACAUCAGCAGCAAAAGCUUGUCGGGCAGCACAGGAAGCCGGGUGGCAUGGAGAGGUCGCUGGGACAAGGAAGACCACCCCGGGGUUCCGUCUCCCAGAAAAAUAUGCACUUCUGGUCGGGGGAGCCUCCUGUCACCGUUACGAUCUGGGAAGCCUCAUCAUGUUGAAGGACAACCAUAUCUGGGCGUCUGGCAGUAUUACCCAAGCAGUUCACAAUGCCCGACGGGUCGGUGGGUUUGCCCUGAAAAUAGAAGUGGAGUGUGGCUCCUUAGAAGAAGCUCUCGAAGCAUCAGGGUGUGGUGCUGAUAUUAUCAUGCUGGACAACUUUGCUCCUGAGGACUUGCAUCCUAUAGCCAGCACCGUAAAGGCCUCAUUCCCCCGUGUGACAAUUGAAGCUAGUGGAGGAAUCACCGAGCAGAAUGUGAUCCGCUUUGUGGGGCCCAAUAUUGAUGUGAUUUCCCUGGGUUGCCUCACCCAAUCAGCCAAAGUGGUAGACUUCUCCCUCAAAAUCAGCCGGGAUCAGACUCCCAAGCCAUCACUGCGCAAUUUUGUUUUCUGAGGCGAGAUGGGACAGCCAACCAAGAUUUUCAUGAAAAUCUUUGGGAGAUGGGUAGUUGAACAGGUUUGAAGAGGUAACAGGGGCUGAGUUGCACCUGCUGCUUAUUAACUGUGUUGAUCUAGGAUGAUGGGAGUUGUACUCCAAAAUUUCUGGAAGACGGAAAAUUUUUGUACAGGUUUUGCUUGGCAAAACCUCCCUAGGGAUUUUUUUAAAGGAUUAUUUUCUUUCACAGGAUCAUUGGAACAGAACCAGCAUCAGGGUUGAAGGGAGGGCAACUAGGUUUGCUGUCAUAACUUCUUCAGCAUAUGUGAUUUUUGACAGCAAUAAAAUGUACGCCAUUCCCUUUCUACUUUCUCUGAAUCUGUGCCUUGCAUGCCUGCUGCAAUCAAUUUCACUAAGCUGGCCAAAUAAAUCUUUUUUUAAAAAAUUAGUUGCUCCAUUGUCAUUUGUCAAAGUUGUUGUGGCCAGCAACAUCAGCAUUGCUCGUCUUCCACCCCACAUUUGUCAUGCAUCUUUACAUAUGUCCAAUCUCUUGAGUUGUCCAACCCAAAUUGUGGUACUCUCUAUCUUCAUCACAUCUCACCUCUUAGUCUACUGCAUUCCUCAGCACUAUUAACACUUUCCAGAGCAAAUCACAACCAGGCUAACUGAAGGCUUCCUGGGAUUUUCUUCCAGACACAAUGAAUUUGAGCUUACUUUAGAAAGCCUCAAAUCUAAUUCUCUGAAAAAUCCCUCCAGUGGCUUUCUCCUCCUUGAAUUUGCGGCAACCUUUGUGAAACCAAGAUCAAUAAAUCAAUUUGCUCUGCUACUUAAAAAUCCUCAUUUUGCCAGUUUAUGAGCAUUAUAAGCAUGGAGAGAAAACUUCCUAUCACUUACCUUUGCUUUAAUUCCCCCUAAUAAGAAUAAUAUGUAAAGUUAGAAUAGAGCUACCACAAUCCAGAUGCCACUUGUGAUCAUCCUCACCCUUUUCUGCAUGUUUGGCUAAUUUUUGCAGCACCAAUCCAGUAGCCUGAGCUAGAAUUAUUCUGCAUCAGACUCCUUAUAAAAUAGGAUCCUCAGUUAAUUCAAAAGCCUGUAAAAUGAACCAUGUUUUCCUCUCAUUAUCUCACCCCAUUCCACCUGUCACAAAUAACUGAUUGAGAAGGAAGAGCCUGAGCGGAGAAGCAAUUUCAAUUUUUGUUCACCCCACUGCGCUGUUAGCUUUGAUUUCAAACCUUGCCAAUCAUUACCUUCCCCCUCUUGGUAGAUUAUCUGGGGGGGGGGGGAAUCCACAAUACUUUUUUUUUUUUAAAGACCUCUGGGUAAAAGGGCAUGAAUGGAUUUAGUGAACUAACAGUUAUGUCAACGUGAAACUCAGCACAUAGGGCAACCAGUCACUAAUAUAAGAGCAACAGACAACACAAGUAUUAAUGAAGCAUAAUAUGAUGUGCAGACUUCACCAAGGAUGUGGCUGGGAAAACACAAGAGGGUCCUAUAUGGGAGCCAGGAUAUUAAAAUAAAUGUAUAAGUGAAGCAAUAUUAGGCCUGCUACCUGAGUUUAAAAAUUUUGCUUGAUUAAUUAGGCUAUUUUAAUCAAAUAAUUCUUUAAAUUGAAUUAUAGAUUAAAAACAACUUAUUUUGAAUCCAGAAACAGACACUUUUCUUUUAGAUGUCUCUAGUACUAGCAACAUAAGAGGUGAUCUUGUCUCAUUUUUUUUCACAGAAGAAGGAAUGAUUUUUUAAGACUGUACUUGUUAUUAAGGAUAUGUCUCAAAACUAUUUUCUAACAAUUGUACCGGACACACUAAAAAAAACCCUGAGUUAAUUAAUUAACUAACCAUCGCAGCCCUAAACGAAAGAAAAACGAUCACAUUCAGAACCUGAAGCUAAAUUAGUUUUAAAAAUGGGAAUAGGGGCAUCAUUCGAAUUGGUGCUAACGUUCUGUGGCCUGAGCAAACAAGCAGACUGCGAAAACAAGGGCAUUAGAAACAGAGCUGUCCUCAUCUUUAUUAAGAUAUUUGAUGGAGUGAAGUCCCAGUUAGGUUAAGACUAGUCAUAGUGAAAAGGGUCAGUUUUGGGGGGGUAUAAUUUUUCUCCCCAUAAGAUAAUAAAUAACAGAUUGAGAUGUUUGUUGUUUGGUUACAAAAGUGUGGAUUAUCAGGGACCAGCAUAAAUGAAAUUCCCCAGCCUGGGGGUGUCUAGGUGGAUCUCCCCACAAAGCAAGGUU